AUGUUCGCCGGUCGCUGCACAGAGCUCGGUGCGCUGCCUCUGCUGCUGCUGCUGCUGCUUCUCCUGGACGCGGCGCUGGGCUUCAAACUGUGUCCCAACCCCUGCCUGUGCUACGAAUCCUCAGACCUGGUGGACUGCAGGUCUAGCGGGCUGGUCCGGGUCCCCGUCGGUGUCCCCCAUGGCACCUGGCUGCUGGACCUGAGUGGGAACAAGCUGACAGUGGUACACACCAAAUCCUUCAUGGGGCUGUGGUCACUCAAGAUCCUCCAGAUGUCCAACAACAGCAUCCGCACUCUGCAGCCACAGUCUCUGUCAUCACUGCAGUUCCUGGAGAGGCUGGACUUGAGUUUUAACCAGCUGCGUUGGAUCCCUCAGGACUUCUCUCAGAGUCUGUCUUCCCUCCUGGAGCUCCGGCUUGACCACAACCUGCUGGAGCACCUGGGCCACGCUUCACUGGGAGAGUUAGAAAACCUGAGGAAGCUGGACCUGAGUUACAACCGCAUCCGAGCGAUAGAUGUCCGGGCUUUCAGCAGCUUGUCUCGACUGAGCCUCCUCAGCCUGGAAGCAAACAGACUGAAUGUGCUUACAGACGGCCUGUUGAACAGGCAGCAAAGCCUGGAGGUGCUGCUGCUCAGCCACAACAACAUCUCACUGAUCGAGACCGAAGCUCUGGCUCCUUUGUCCGGACUCACUCUGCUGGGUCUUCAGGGAAACCAGCUGGAUCGCAUCAGGUUCAAGACUUUCCUGCAGCUCCAGACCACCAGCACCGAACUUCAGUUGUCCCUUAACCCCUGGACCUGUGACUGCGAGCUGCAGCGCGUCUUCAGCAAGAUCCAGCAUGUUCGACACCUGCAUGUGGAGGACUACAAAGGCAUCGUCUGCCACGCUCCUGCUCAGCAAGCCGGGAACUCCCUGGCCUCACUGGACAGCCAGCUGUGCGUGGCCGAGACGGCGUCAGUGCUCGUCAUAACCAUCACUGUGAUGCUCGCUGUGAUUGGUGCCCUGGUCAAAGCAGAGCACAACCAAAAGAACAAACAAACUGCAAGUGAUGCAGAGUCAGACAGAUAA